CCUCCACCACGCUCCUAGCUACAAGUCUCCCUUUCCCUCCCAUAUCGCACAAAGAUCGCAACUUCAACUAUGGUCGCUAUAGCGUUUCCCUUCUUCACAUCGCGCUCCAUACCACUGGCCCUUAGCAUUAUCCACGAAAGCCAGCUUAUUCUAGCUGCUCUAUGUCUCAUCACAGUCCUCUUCUGCCUCCUCCACCCGCUCUACCGCUCCGCAUUCGUCUUCGCCCUACUCUGGGGAUGGAUCCUGUCCUCCAUCACAACCGCAAUCAUUCUUUAUGCAGAACAUAGUUCUGCUGCCAGGGGCACUCUCAACAAAGCACGAUACGCGCAGCUUCAACUCUACAAAAUGGGGGCAGCCACAGUGUGUUACUUAAUCGGCUACAUCAUACUGGCUAGUACACCCCAACCCGGAAUGGUCACGGACGGGGUGAGCGGGUAUAUGAGGGAAUUCCUAGGUGGUGGACAUAUGGAUCACGCGUUUCUCCUCUGCACACAUCUGGUGAACUGGUUAUUUCUCUGGGUGGGAUUCAUCUAUUCCCGCGUCAUGCGUGAAGGUGCUCCUAUUCGGUUUAAUGAAGAUAGGCCGAUUAGGUUAGGAUAGUCAGCUUGAUGAAACGACUGAUGAUUAAGCCCUUGCGAGAGCCCUCCAGGCCCCGGAACCGGAAUGGGAGGGCUGAAGAUGAUCAGAGUACUCCGCGCAAAUUUUUUAAGCGGAAACUGGUACGGCCUUGGAAAUUAUCCUUAGUAGUCGCCCUAUGCGUUAGGGAAAUUACCAAAACUUGAAAAGUCAUUGGGCUAAUCAUCCAGGUAGUUGAAGGAAAGUUCCUUAGUCGUUUCAUCGUCUUUUCGUUGCUUCCUACAUCCUCCUCGCCACCUCAAG